AUGUCGCCGGUUCCUUCACAUCCCGGUGCCCUGAGGCUAGCUAUAACCCUAUCGUCCAGCCUCGUUGAACCUGGACCGGCACCCAGUGGCGCAUCCGACAUGGCCGCUAACGCAGCCAUGGUCCACUCCCCGUUGACGCCCCCAGCGGAGGCUGACGGUUUCACGUUCCCGCCCGACAACACGUUCCACAUCGAGCGGACAGCCGCUCCCCCAUCUAUGACUCACCCGCACGACGACGUCGUUAGGAACGAGACGUCCGUGCUGCACUCUACGCUUCGUUUGCUGCACGCCGACGAGCUCGUGCGCCUAGCGAAUCUGCACGUGCAUCGCGCAGAGGAGCCAUACUGGCAUCUUUGCAUCGCGAACUUGAAACGCUACAUCUUGUUCCUGUUCUCAACCUGGGGUGAUGUGCUCAAGGGCAUCGGCGCCGGCAAUCUUGGUGUGUUGGAUGUUGCGGCGGUGGUGACGAUCGCGAGCCUCGCAAGCCUCAUCAUGCUGGCCCUCCUCCCCAUGUGUCUGUUCAUCAAGUUUCCGCUCGUCAACUGGGCGUAUGAGACUUGGGGCAAUAUGCGAGGGGAGCACCUCAGCCUCGUUAACGCCCUCGGACAUAUGUUCAAAGAGCUCACUCCGGAGCAAGCAGACGCUGCCAAAGCGGCUCUCAACACCCCCCUUGCCGCCCGUCCAUCUCACACCGUAGAAUUCAACGUUGACAUAGCAAAGAUGCUGUUGCAGUUGGCCAGUCUGAUGUACGAACGCGGCACCUCUCAAACCCUGUCUGCCAUCCGCUCGACCGUCUCGCAAUCCCGGCACCCCUCCCUCGCCGUGCCCAUCAAUGGACACCAUCGGUCGCGCGCUUCUACCGUCUCGCCCUCCGCCAACCAAUCCGAACCCGUCCUUGACUUCGAACCGGGCGAGUUGCUCUCCUCCCUCGUCGGGCCCAAUGCGACGCGGACCAUCUCCCGCCUCCUCCGGGGUGGUGAUACGGGAGGAAAAGAUGCGGCGAUCGCAGAUUGGAUCAAGCGAUUCGGGAUAGAGUACGCGCCUGUGAGCGAGCUAGACGGGGAGAGCUCGGCAUACGCGGCGUUGUUCUGGGAGAAGGGCGGGAGGUGGAUCGUGGUGGCGUUCAAGGGCACAAGUCCUGCGGAGUAUGAUGAGUGGGUAUGGGACUUCACCUAUCGCUUCCGCUUCGGUGGUCACGUUAUCAGAGAUUUUGGGAAUGUGCAUGAGGGCUUCCUCGAUAGAUUAUUCCCUCGUUCGCGCCACCAGCCGCACAACCAUGAUCCUCCUGCUCCGCAAGAUCGUCGGCCGUACGACACCAUUGCAGCCGGCAUCAAGCUGGUGGCGGCGCAACUCCGCAACGCGCAAGCGGACCCGGACGCGGAGAUCAAUAUCUACUUCACAGGCCAUUCUCUCGGGUGCGGUGUCGCCAGUAUGGCGUACUCGCGCGCCUUGACGCACGAAGACGACGAUUUCGGGCCCGGGAUCAGAAUCAGGGAUGCGUACCUUUUUGCUGCUCCCGUGUCCUGCGAUCCGUCGAGUGUGAAAGCUUUCGACCAAACCAUAAAAAAGAAUCCCGACCUGCCGCGUAUGCUGUGGAGGGUUACAAACGGGAACGACGCCGUGUGCACGCUCCUACCCGACUUUGGCGACGACCCCCGAGUUGCGUCGCGCUUCCCUCCCAACUCCCCGAUGAACUUUGCCCAUCUUGGCGCCGAACUGCGUAUGCGCACCAAGCCGCUCCGAACGCGCAUCGACGGCUCGCUCGUCCCCCGCGGCACGGUCGUCAGUGUGCAGUCCGCGCUGCCCGCCAACCUCAUCGGUACCGUCACGGACGGGGUCGGGCUAAGCAGGCUGCAGCGCGCGUUGCAGAAGCUGCCGGCGGUGGGCAGGCUGGUUGAGCACGGCACAGCGUUUUACUGGGACCAGCUGAUGAGGAUCGGGGUGGGCGAAGCGGAGUGGGCGAUGUAAGAAAUCUUGCAAUGGUUAAUGGAUGUCACGAAGAGCAAAUGUGGACACUGC